GGAGAUGUCAGAUUAUCCCAGGAGACUCUGAGGGAGCCGCUGUGGAGCAGGCUAGGGAAGCGAUACACCGCUGAGCCCAUCUCGCUCUCAACAUGACAAUACACACCAGUCGAACUCACAACCAAAAUACAAAUGGCAUGUCUGACUAAGAUGGAGAAAGUGAUCGUAGCAAUGCAAGACCCUGACGUAGGCAUUAAGAUGAAAUACCAAAAACUUAUAAUUACAGGCAUCCCCCAUGCAGUCACUGGCAAUGAUAUUGUCGAGUGGCUUAUUCAAAACUUUUCUAUAUCUGAAGAAGAGUCUCUUCAUCUUGGUGACCUAAUAGUAAAGUAUGGCUACAUUUACCCACUAAAGGAUCCAAAGAAUUUUGUUCUUCGGGCAGAUGAUUCUCCUUAUCGAUUUCAGACCCCUUACUUCUGGACUUCAUAUAAAUGGCCUGCAACAGAACUUGAUUAUGCUAUAUAUUUGACUAAGAAGAACAUAAAGAGGCAGGGAGACUUAGUUGACUAUGAGAAGGACAGUUACAAUCUACUGCACAAGAGGAUCAAUCAUACUUGGGAUUUUGUGGUAAUGCAAGCCAGAGAACAGCUCAGGGCAGCUAAGCAACGGAGAAAGUCUGAUCGUGUUGUACUGGAUUGUCAGGAGCAGGCCUAUUGGCUCGUCAACAGACCUCCACCUGGAGCAAUAAAUAUCAUGGAAUCGACCCCAAAAGGAAGUAACAUCCACACAACAAAGGUCACAUUGAAUAGUGCAUUUUACAAAAGAGAGAUUGAAUAUUACAAAAAAGCAUUGACAAGAUCAAGAGUUAAAUCAUCUGUGUCCUUGGAGGGGUUUGUGAAGCACUGUGAGCAAUAUCUUCUGCAUGAUCCUAUUAUGUCUAGCUGUCUUCCCAGUAACCCUUGGAUUACAAGUGGCACUUUGUACUGGACAAUGAAUGCUGAUUUAGUGACCAUUCCAACAAGGUUACGUGUAGAGCGUUGGGCAUUCAAUUUCAGUGAAUUGCUACAUGAUCCCCUCGGCAGGCAACAAUUUAGAUACUUUCUGGAAAGAGAGUUCAGUGCUGAAAAUCUUAGUUUCUGGGAGGCUUGCGAAGAUGUCCAGUAUGGAGAACAGUCAAAAGUUGAUGAGAAAGUGGAGGCCAUCUUUGAACAGUUUUUGGCAGCAGGAGCCAGCAAAUGGGUAAAUAUCGACAGUAAAACAAUGGAAAAGACUCUUGAUGGAUUACAAAUUCCCAAUCGCUAUGUAUUUGAAGAUGCACAAAUGCACAUUUAUAUGCUAAUGAAAAAGGAUUCUUACCCACGUUACUUAAAGUCAGAUAUGUACAAGAAUAUUCUAGCAAGAUCCAUUGUUCCACAGGAAACCAAGAGAAGCAUGGUUCCAUUCAUGAGGUGGCAUCGUUAUUCCAACGCCAGCUCUGUACAGAUGUUCUACCCAAAGGACAAUGACGGGAAAGGAAAGGAUGCAACGGUUUCACAGCUAUGUCGAUUCUCCCACCCUUUGGCAAACCUAGGAGUGUUCACUGGACCAAAUAUCCCAAUUAAUUCCGAGGAUGCACCUUCCUGGUCCCAUUCCAGCCUUCCCUCAUUUUGCCCUGGAAUCCUUCCUGCUGCAACUUCCCCUUCCUGUAGCUGCACUGACCCUCAGAGUCUCCCUCUUACUGCAGAUGAAGUCCCCCUGGAAACUCAAGAUUACCUGAAUAUGGAAAGUGCAGAAAUGUCAAAGGUCAAUGAUGCUGAAUUUGAAGAGGAUGAAUUUGGAUGGACAACAAGAUGUUAGAAAAAAUGCCUAGAGUAUAAAUUGUUUUGUUUUCUUGUUAUUGUGAAGUGCCUUUAUUUAUAUUAAAAAAAUUGCACUUUAUAGUUUUAGAGCAUGUUUCACAAAUUCAAUAUUUCCCUUAAAAAUAAUUUUACUAAUUUUAUAUCAAAUAUUUGAAUGUAAAUGCACUUCAUUACACGUCAUACAGUGGCACAUUUAUUGUUUAAUUUGUGAAGUUUGCUAUAAACAAAUUGUCAACUUAAGAACAAAGAUAUACCUUAUUAUUUUGAAUUUAUCUGGUUGACUGCUUCUCUCUCUCUCUCUCAAUUGUCAAAAAAGAAGUUACAUCCAAAUAGAUUUCAAAUUCUUUUAAUCUUAAUAUUACACACAAGUCGAUCUGAGGAAGUGAAGAGAUAUUUUCAUGUUUGACCAGAUUGUACAUGUGCAUCUUUAAACAGAUUUACACCUGGUUGCACAUACCACAUAGGGGAACAAUUUCUCACAUAAAUGUUAAAUAUUAGGAAUUUAAUCCUUAUAAAUUCUAAAGAUCAAGUUAUUCUAUUAGUGAUUUGUUAGAAGAAAGGGAAACAAAUUUACUUGUAUUGAAUAUCUCAGCAUUUUUGAGAGAGUUGAAAGCUGUUUGUAACCAAUUACUCAAACUGCAGCCACUGUUAUCUGGCCAAUUGCAACAGCUGAUUGUGUGCAGCAAAAAACAUGAAUAGUUAUCAUUUGGAAUAUUGGCCAGAAUAUUGAGAGAGAUUCUUGCUCUUCUCAAAAUGGUACUCAUCUAAACGGUGAUCCCUCCAACAAUACAUCAAUGCAUCAAGUCUGUGCUAAAUUGUCUAGAUUGUAUACUCAAGUCUGGCACCAGUCUUGAAUUCAACAACCUUUCGAACCAGAGGCAAGUGCUCCCAACACAACCAAGUUGACACUUUAAAAAGAAGAGCAGAAAUUAGGUUAUCUGCCCCAGACUAGUUGCUCAAAUUACUUAUUAGUUUUAAGAUUGUAAAUGACUAUUUAGAACAUAGAACAUAGAACAAUACAGCACAGAACAGGCCCUUCGGCCCACGAUGUUGUGCCGAACAAACAUUUACGUACUAUCAUAACCUCCUCCCUCUUACAUCAAGACAAUGCAGUGUCCUUACACUUGCCUUAGUCGCUGAUGGUGCAUUGUCUUUUUAGUUUGUGCUGUUGUCUUAAAUACUACUGGUUCGUUUAUGAUUACUGAUCAUAAUUGAGGUGUGUGAUUUUCACAAGAAAAAUGACAAUUAUUAAAGAUGAUUCACGCAAUGUCAAUAAAACUCCUGGUGCAUGGAACUGGUCUUUGUAGCAUAAAAUUGGAAACAGAAAAUCAACAGGCAGUUUUUCCCCAUUCCAGAUUAAUCUCUACUGACUUCAAUACACGUGGAUAUUAAACUAAGUGUUGCUCACUUUUUUGUUUGUCCUGUGGGCAGUCAUAUUGAAAAAUAGCCACCCAAUGCUUAGAAGUACUUUUUAAAAUUAAAAUGUGUGUAUAUCAAAAGAAACACUUAUCUAUCAAAUACUGUUCCAAAGUAUUGAACACAGUUAACUCAGGCUCCAGGGUAUUAGAAUGAAGUUACUAUUAGCUCAGUACAAAUGUGUCAUAUUAUGAACUUGUAGUCAAUAUUUAACAGUUUGUGUUGAAUUUUUAAUGUGACUGUUGUAAGUUAUGUGAUUUUUGGCAUUUGGUCUAUAGAUAGUAUCAAGUCUCAGGCAGAUAUACCUCAUUAAAUAUGGAAACCCGCAACCAUCUGAGUAAUUCACACAUC